AUGCUAAAUCAAAUUGCAAAGGCUGCCGGCUUUAUAUCCCAAAAUGUCACAGCAGAAUCAGUACAAGCUGCAUUCAAGGUUGCUUAUAAACAGGAGAGUGCUUUAAGGCCAAAUUAUGGCAGGAACACAUCAGGGUUUGGUGGCCCUAGGGAAUGGUGGGCGAAUGUUAUAAGGGGUUGUUUCGCACGCAUCCACAUUGAAAACGAGAGUGGCGGUGGCUCGGGCACAGGGGUAGCACGAGAGGUGCCAGCUUCCUUGGUAGCUGACAUCCUUCAACGAUUUGAGAGCAAAGAAGGAUAUGCCCUGUUUGAAGACGUCGAGGUGUUCUUUGGACGCCUAAAGUCUUGGAAGAAGGAGCUACAAGAGAAAAAGAAAGCUGGCUGCCUUGGGAAUGAUGAUAUCCAUAAUGUUAUUAUAGGCGUGGUGUCUAACUCCGAUGACAGGGUAUCGCCAAUCCUGAGAUCACUGGGGUUAUCAGUUGGCAAUGCAUGGGCAGACAGUGGAGAGUUGCUACCUCGUGUACCGCCAUCCAUCCCCAAGGGUGAACCCGAAUUGAACGACGUUGACUUCAUAGUGACAAGCUAUGAAGCCAGAGAAGAGAAACCGCAUCGCCAUAUCUUUGACAUCGCCAAAUCUAGAGCAAAAGAACAUUUAUUAGUUACGGACCCUUCGUGCGAAGUGGAUGGUGACUGGAGACGUAUCCAUAUCGGGGAUGACUACGGUGAUGACUAUCAAGGAGCCAUUAACGCUGGCUGGGAAAGUUUUUUAUUACUCCGAGAUGGGAUGGACUAUCUUCCUGGUACGGACCACCGAACUAUAGGGGGCGAUGUGAAUACUCUCCAUUCUUUAAACGAUGUGUAUUCUCAAUUAAACCAAAAUUGA